UGCAACUCUCGCUUCAGCGGUUGCGCCGGAGGAGAAGGUCGUAGUCGCCGCCAAGAGGUCCAAGCGAAAAAUGGUGUCUGGUUCUGGGGUAUGCGCGAAGCGCGUUGUGGUGGACGCGCGUCACCACAUGCUCGGACGCUUGGCGUCGAUCGUGGCCAAGGAGCUGCUCAAUGGGCAGAAGGUGGUGGUCGUCCGGUGCGAGGAGAUAUGUCUCUCCGGCGGACUUGUCCGACAGAAGAUGAAGUACAUGCGUUUCCUCCGCAAGCGCAUGAACACCAAGCCCUCCCACGGUCCGAUCCACUUCCGUGCUCCGUCCAAGAUCUUCUGGCGAACUGUCCGUGGAAUGAUUCCCCACAAGACGAAGCGAGGAGCUGCGGCACUUGCCCGCCUGAAGGUGUUUGAAGGUGUCCCUCCUCCUUAUGACAAGACGAAGAGGAUGGUCAUCCCAGAUGCUCUCAAGGUAUUGAGGCUUCAAGCUGGUCACAAAUACUGCCUGUUGGGUCGCCUUUCCUCUGAGGUUGGGUGGAAUCACUAUGACACCAUCAGGGAAUUGGAGAAGAAGAGAAAGGAGAGGUCUCAAGCGGUAUACGAGAGGAAGAAGCAGCUCAACAAGCUCAGGGCUAAAGCCCAGAAGACUGCAGAGGAGAAGCUUGGUUCUCAGCUUGAUGUCCUCUCCCCCGUCAAAUACUGAUUCCUUUUUUCUGUUUCUUCUAUCUUCAGAUUGUAUCCCCUUUUUCCUUUGCAUGUUCCAUCGAAUUUUUGAGCUAGGUUUUGUACGAGACACUUGGAAAUGCUGCCGAUUUAGGUGGGACCUAAUCCUCUGAGUUCAUUAUAGACUCGCUCUUAGAUAUAUGAUAUAUGCCUUCGCCA